GCCUGGAAAGUCUCCGCCCAACUGCUAGUCUGAGGCCGUCGGCUUCCUCUGAAGCGCUUGGCUGUCCAUAAGCUGCUAAAUGUUUAUUUUAUUCCUUUAUAUUUCCUACAGACAAGCAGGAAACUAGAUAUUAUUCGAGGACAGAAGUAUCACUGUGCAGUGGAAAGGUCGAGGGAUACCCUUCUGUCGGAUCUGCGUCGGCACCGUGGCACAUUUGUUCAGUACUUUAGCUCCAGAAGCUAACGUUAGCGGUUGACGGGACUGGAAGCAUCGGCACGAGCUGAUUUGACUUUGCUCCCAUGGAUAGCAAGAGAAUGAGCAUCUAAUCAGCACUUGGUAUCAUGGCUCUACUCUCGCCUUGACCUCUUGGUUCACCCAGGAUCCAAAAUGAGCAUAAGCAGUGAUGAGGUCAAUUUCCUGGUCUACAGAUACCUGCAGGAGUCAGGCUUCUCCCACUCAGCGUUCACCUUUGGCAUAGAGAGCCACAUCAGCCAGUCCAACAUCAACGGAGCUCUGGUGCCCCCUGCUGCCCUCAUCUCCAUCAUCCAGAAAGGCCUGCAGUAUGUGGAGGCUGAAGUCAGCAUCAAUGAGGACGGUACUCUGUUUGAUGGACGACCGAUCGAGUCGCUGUCGUUGAUCGAUGCAGUGAUGCCAGAUGUGGUGCAAACGAGGCAGCAGGUGUAUAAGGAUAAGCUGGCUCAGCAGCAAGCUGCCGCCGCCUCCAGCACCACAGCAGCCGCCACUGCCAAGAAUGGAGAGAACACGGCUAAUGGAGAGGAGAACGGAUCUCACACGCUGUCUAAUCACCACUCAGACAUAAUGGAGGUGGACAGGGCAGUGGAGAUCCCAGCCAGUAAAGCCAUGGUGCUGCGGGGCCACGAGUCUGAGGUCUUCAUCUGUGCUUGGAACCCUGUCAGUGAUCUGCUGGCGUCUGGCUCUGGAGACUCAACCGCACGGAUCUGGAACCUGAGUGAGAGCAGCGCGGGAGGAUCCACUCAGCUGGUGCUGCGGCACUGCAUUCGGGAGGGGGGGCAGGAUGUACCCAGUAACAAAGACGUCACCUCACUGGACUGGAAUAGUGAAGGUACACUUCUCGCCACGGGAUCCUAUGAUGGCUUUGCCAGGAUAUGGACUAAAGAUGGUAAUCUUGCCAGUACACUGGGGCAGCAUAAAGGUCCCAUAUUUGCUUUAAAGUGGAACAAGAAAGGAAAUUUUAUCCUCAGCGCUGGUGUUGAUAAGACCACCAUUAUUUGGGACGCACACACAGGAGAGGCCAAACAGCAGUUUCCAUUCCAUUCAGCUCCGGCUCUGGACGUGGACUGGCAGAGCAACAACACGUUUGCCUCCUGCAGCACGGACAUGUGCAUUCACGUGUGUAAACUGGGCCAGGACAGACCAGUCAAAACAUUCCAGGGCCACACAAAUGAAGUCAAUGCAAUCAAAUGGGAUCCAACAGGAAAUCUCUUGGCCUCCUGCUCUGAUGACAUGACCCUAAAGCUUUGGAGCAUGAAACAGGACACUUGUGUUCAUGACCUGCAAGCCCACAGUAAGGAGAUCUAUACCAUCAAAUGGAGCCCAACUGGCCCUGGAACCAACAACCCCAAUGCCAACCUCAUGCUGGCCAGUGCGUCGUUUGAUUCAACGGUGCGUCUGUGGGACGCGGAGCGUGGCGCCUGCAUCCACACACUGACCAAACACCAGGAGCCCGUCUACAGCGUGGCAUUCAGCCCAGAUGGGCGGCACCUGGCCAGCGGUUCCUUCGACAAGUGUGUCCAUAUCUGGAACACACAGAGUGGUGCUUUAGUCAACAGCUACAGAGGGACGGGGGGGAUUUUUGAAGUAUGCUGGAACUCCACUGGAGACAAAGUGGGCGCAAGUGCAUCAGAUGGAUCGGUUUGUGUAUUAGACCUAAGGAAAUGACGCUGCCGCUGGGAAGCCAUGGACCGACUAUGAAUGUGUGCAUAGCCAAAUUUACCGACUGUCCCUGGCCCAUCAUCCACUGCUGUAGUCCACGCGUGAGGCGCCAGACCACAUCCCAGAGCAACGGUGACGCUUACGACACACACAAAAUCAGCGUGCCAGAGAACUGUUAUACACAGACACACUGGACACAAGAGAAAUACACCGCAUAUGCACACACACCUCAUUAGUUCCUGUGUUCAUCAUUCCAAACCCAGAGGGCCAAGGUCCACACCGCUGUCGUGCACACGUCAGCGCUUCAGUGACGGUUUAGGUGUAACUGCAUGAGUUCUAGAGCAGAGCAGUUGAAUAUGGCCAACUCGUGGCCACGUGAUAUUGACAAUUCAGAGUAUUGGCACUGUACGUUUAGUGGCUCUGCGACUUUUGGAAUUGUUCUCCAAAUAUGCUCAAGGAUUUUUUUUUUUUUUUGCCAAACUUUGAGAAAUAAUUUGAGCUUUGUUUUUUUUUGUUUUUUAAUACAGAGUUAUAAGAGUACAGAAACCCUAUUAAAUUACUCAACUAUAUUUUCUAAAACGAAUGCCCUGUGUUAUUUUAUACAACCUAUGCAACUUUGUGGAAAGACAAAACUGAACUUGCAGUGCAUGAAUGGGUGAAACUCAUAGGUGAAGCCUGUGCGUUUAAAAUAUCCGAUAGGCCCACAUUAAAAACGCAACGGCACAUUCUCGCUGUUAAAGAAAACAUAGCUAUCAGGUUAUUCAUUCCUUUUUUUGGGAGUUAAUGAUUGUCCUCUUACAUUGGUAUUUAACAUGACACAUCACUUUAAAAAGAUUUGCUCCUCCGAUUUGAUGUUCUUUCUUUAGUGUUGCAUUGUUUACUGCUUUGCUAGAGGUCGGAGCUCUGACUGAUUCGGUCUGGUCGUUACUCUUUCAGUGAAUUAUGUGUGUGACUGUAACGGCUGUAGUCUCUAUGGCUUCACGUGAGGGACAGAAUUAUGAGUCGGUGCGAUUGUUUUUUUUUUUUUUUUCAGUUCCAGUCAGGCAGUGGUAAAGUAAAAGUUCAAAGUCAGGCUAAGGUGGUGCCGUUUUCUCCCAUUUUGCUCACUAUUUUCUUUUGUAAAACGAUGUCAUUGCGCAGUGAUGGUAUGGGUGUGAUCAGAAACUGACGUGGAAAAACGUAAAUGUGACCACAAGUAUUUUUACUAUUACGUGCUACUAUUGUAAAGGAUGGAUUUUAAGGUAAACUCCCUUGAUGUUUGGGAUUUCUCACUGCCUGGUUUCUUCAGGUGAUGGCACACUGAUUUAGAGUUUGCUAGAUGCUGUCACGUGUCUUUAUAAAAUACCAUUAGACAGUCAUAGUCCAGAGAAGCAGCUUUUCUCCAGCACACUCAUGUCGCCUCUCAGCACUUUACAGCACGUACUCCAAUGAAAUCCAGUGAGCACUUAAAAGAUUUUUUUAUCCUUUGGACUGAAAUUACUUGAGUGACAUUAAACAUUUACUUGAAUGAAGCAGAUCUUCUGAUGAUUAUUAGAGGGUGAGGCGGCUGGUUAAAACCUAUAUAACGGUGUUUUUUUUUUUUUUUUUUUAAUAAGUGUAGUCCAAAAUGUCUAUUUCUUCCCACAGAUCAAGUAUAAUCAGCAUCCCCUCCUAAAAGUAUCAAAAUGUCCUGAUUUUUCUUUCCUUUUUUUAAAGAUGAGUAUUUUGAAGCUUGCUCUAAUAUAAUCAACAAGUGGAUUGUACGAAAAGACGCUAUUUAUUAUAUUGUCUAUGACAGUGGAAUGGUAUUUUAUAACGUUUUAAUUUUAAAGAGAUAUACUUUUUACAGUGUGCGUGCAAGCAUUUGCUUCUCUUGGUCCUCGAAGGCUAGCACUCUGCUUGCUGUGUCCACGGCCCUUUGAAAUUUUGUACUUUCAAAUCUUUUGUAAUUCUAUUGUUGUUUUUAGCUCCAAGCAAAAGCACGUACAUGGGCAUAUCAAAACAUCUUUGACCAUGUAAAUACUUGUUCAGUGAUAUUUGUCUCACUUUAGGUAAUCUUUAAUCUAGUUUUUAUCUCUCUCUUUCUUUUUUUUUUUUUUUUAGUUCUUUUUCCUGUUUUGCUCACUGUCUAGCAGAAAUCACUCACUGCGAUGUUGAUUUGACUGUUGUGAUUUGAGUCAGAUCAAAUGAAAAGUCCAGAAUAAAAUAUAUUUUGAUAAUA